AGUAUGUCACGGCUGGAGGUGAGCUGUCGCUGCCGAGAAACGGGCAUGCUAUACUGCUGCAGGAAGAUGGCAAGAUCAACCAAACUUUUGUGGCUAAUGGGGAGGAAAUGCAGUACCUUUUAACGUUCACUUUGGGGAGGAGGGCUCAGAAGAACUGCACUGCCAACGCAAGCCUUGUGGUUUCCGCGCCGGAUAGCUCUGCUCAGUUUUCGUUGACGCUGAAGUAUGGGAAAGAAUCGUGGGAGGUUUACGGGUAUCAUUUGGGGAGCUGGGGAGGUGGAGAGUCUGUAAACUUGGUUAUAGAAAGUCAGGAUAUUGAUGCAGAACCCGAAUCCACGUGUUGGCCUGUUGUCGACGCGGUUAUGUUGAGCACUGUGGGAUCACUCAAGCAAGGGGAUGAUAAUCUGCUGCCAAAUGGUGGAUUUGAGCUAGGGCCAGCUUUCCCAGAUUUUCCCAAUGAUGGAGUUCUAUUGGAUUCAGAACCAAGUCUGAUUGAAUCUGCUCUGCAGCAAUGGACUGUAACAGGAACUGUUAAAUACAUAGACGCAAAAAACUUCUUUGUCCCAGAAGGAAAGGCUGCUGUUGAGAUCGUAUCAGGAGUCUCUGCAGGGGUGCAAACAGCUAAACAACUCGACCAAGGAUCAGAUUACAACUUGGAAUUCAUGCUGGGAGAUGCAAACGACUCUUGCUCAGGAGUUCUUGUAGUAGGGGUUGCAGCAGGAUCAUCAGCGCAGAAUUUCACAAUCCAGAGCAACGGGACUGGUUCAGCCAAGAAAUAUGCAAUGACAUUCAAGGGUGCUGGGCCAAGUCCAACCUCAAUAAGCUUCCAUAGCUACACAACUACACAGAGAGACGAUGGUGUAUUCUGUGGCCCUGUCGUUGAUGGUGUAGUUCUAAAAGUUUCUAGUGGGCACAAAACAUAUAUGCAAUUUUCCUUCCUAAUGACUGUGCUACUUGCAACAGUUCUGAAAUUAGGCAAGCUAAUAUAGCCAGAUAUUAGUUCCCAGAGUGUUUUCAUCGUUUUGUAUUGCUUACCAAUGUAUUGUACAUUUGGACGGAACUCGGAAGAGAACAACUGAGUCGGUUGAAAUUCUAA